AUGAUUGACCGACCGUUUUGGUGGAAAAGUGAAGGAAAAAAACUUUGUUUGCAAGAACAAAGCCGGGCGGUUUCCAACACAUAUCCCAUUCCCCCAGAGCCAACCUUAAUUGCUUCUUCGUCCACAGAUCCUCUCUACUCCACCCUUUGUACCCCACAGUCGAAGCGAAGAAGAAGACGGACUCCUUGUCCUAAGAGGUACGCCCGGAAAAUUGCCACUUAUAAGCUUUCGGACGCUCUGAACCAUCAAUAUAAUCACCUUAUACCUGUUGAGUGCACCCUUACCACCAGAGAGGGACGGAGGCGGCGAGACAUUGUGCGUUAUGAGGACAUUAUGACCGACAAUUGUCUGUGGUUCGACCGCACAUCCUUAACGGAUUUUGUAGUAACUGUCUUCACGGACAAUCAAGUUGAACGGGAUCUUCGACACCAUUUUACGCUGCAGAUAAAAAAACCCAUGUGGAACGUGCGCGCUUGGUUCAUUAUUGCAAUUGUGUACUACAACCAAAAUAACACAAAUUGA